UCCAUCAGAGAGACCAUCUGAAAGGAAAAGCCUGUGGAUAUGAGCAUUGUGGGACCAUCUUCACCAGGAGCUCGUCUGCUCAUCCAUCAGGCAGUCCACAUGGAUGAGAAACCUUACAAGUGUGACAAGUGUGGGAAGGGCUUCACCAGGAGCUCGAGUCUGCUCGUCCAUCAGGCAGUCCAUACAGGUGAGAAACCUUACAAGUGCGACAGGUGUGGGAAGGGCUUCAGUCAGAGCUCCAAGCUACACAUCCACCUGAGGGUCCACACUGGAGAGAAGCCGUAUGAGUGUGAGGAGUGCGGCAUGAGCUUCAGUCAGCGAUCAAACCUGCACAUCCACCAGCGUGUCCAUACGGGAGAGAGGCCCUACAAGUGUGCGGAGUGUGGAAAGGGCUUCAGCCAGAGCUCCAACCUCCACAUCCACCGCUGUAUCCACACGGGGGAGAAGCCCUACCAGUGCUGUGAGUGUGGGAGGGGCUUCAGCCAGAGCUCAGACCUGCGAAUCCACCUCAGGGUGCACACCGGGGAGAAGCCCUACCACUGUGGCAAGUGUGGGAGGGGCUUCAGCCAGAGCUCCAAACUCCUCAUUCAUCAGAGAGUGCACACCGGGGAGAAGCCCUACGAGUGCAGCAAGUGUGGGAGGGGCUUCAGCCAGAGCUCCAACCUCCACAUCCACCAGCGGGUUCACAGGAAGGACCUUCACUAAGUAACGUUGGCCAGCUCAGCAGUUCAGAACACUUUUAUUGGAAAGAUAAAUACUUUUCAUGGC